AUGAGGAAAAUAGCUAUCUUCUAUGCCUUUUUAGCAAACCUUUAUGCAUUACAAAUACCACUUGUGCCACCUGAACAAGAUCUGUUUUACUUGCCCCCACCUAAUUUCGAAUUAGCUCCAUUGGGUUCCAUACUUCGAGUUAGACCAACACCGAAUAAACUUGUCAAUAUAUGCUUCACGUUCGAGAUAAAGCGAUCCUGGCAAAUAUUGUAUCGGUCACAGAACUCCGUAGGGAAGCCGACAGCUAUUGUCAUGACCAUAAUGGAGCCAUACAAUUCUCACCCGUCAAGAGUGUUGUCUUAUCAAACAUUUCAAGAUUCGGCCAAUAUCAAUUGCAGCCCUAGUUAUGGAUUUCAAUAUGGAGCACCACUAUCGACCAUCACUUCUCAGCUAGAUAUGAGAUUCCUAGUACCGGCCCUAAAGCAGGGAUACUACAUAAUCAGUUCCGACUAUGAGGGGUUCAAUUCCAGUUUUGUUGCCGGUAGACAACUGGGUAAUGCAGUUUUGGAUGGUGUGAGAGCAGCGUUGCAAUCACAGCGUACCACGGGCAUUGAAUCGACGGCCAAGGUGGCCUUGUGGGGCUACUCAGGUGGUAGUAUCGCCUCAGGUUGGGCUGCGUGCUUGCAACCGACUUAUGCUCCCGAAUUGAAGCAAAACUUGUUGGGUUGUGCAUUGGGGGGUUUUGUGACAAAUAUAACUGCCACAGCUGAAAUCACUGAUGGAGGGUUCUUUGCUGGCUUGAUCCCCUUGGCUCUCCAUGGGUUAUCAAAUGAGUAUCAGGAGUUUAAGAGGGUCCUCAACGAAAACAUGGAUCCACAACACGUUGAUUUUUUCAGUCAAGGCUCGGAACGUUGUUUUGCAGGAGGUUUGCACUUUUUCAAAUCCAGAAGUUUUUUUCUGGGUGUCAAUCGUACUUUCCCACGUGGAUUCGAUUUGCUUCAUGACGGCACCAUUGGGAAAAUCAUCCAAGAUAAUUGUGUUUGCCACUUAGAUCGGACUUUCUUACCACAGAUUCCCAUUUUCCUUUACCAUGGGUUGUUUGAUGAGGUUGUGCCAAUACUUGGGCCACGGCAUAUAUUCCAGCAAUGGUGCUCCUGGGGGAUUGAGUCCUUGGAGUUUGCUGAAGAUUUAUUGACGGCGCAUGUGGGGCAACAAAUUGUCGGCGCUGCAGCGGCGUGGACUUGGAUUGAAAAUCUAUUCAACGGAGCAAAACCCAUUAAAGGCUGUGAAUAUACCCAACGUUUAAACAACUUGUACUUCUAUCCGGGAGUGGAGCAGGAGACAAAGGAGUAUUUCUUGGGGUUUGAAUUUAGUAUUCUUGACUAUAUCUUUGGCGGGAAAGCAUUCGACAUUAGCGUUGUAUAA